UCGUCCUCCGCUUCUCAGAAAUCCCAGAUAAACCUCUUCGGCCCUUCCCCAUCCCCGCCGGAGGUCGGACCGGUUUCCAUGGAGCUGGGCUCUGCUCUAUCUGCUCUCUGAACUCAUCUCGUACCCGAAGUUCCACCUCAUGAACUCCAUCUCAGCUCCCUUCGCCGCGCUCUCCCUCUCCCAGCCUCAUCACACCUCCCCUUUCUACUUAUGUUCGUUCCCCACCGGUCACCGCGGGCUGUUCUCUCCGAAAUGCCCCAAGAGACUCGCGCGGCGGGUGAAGUUCACCUGCCUCUCCCGCACACUCUGCUCUUUGGACCGCAAUGGGAGCUCGGAAUGCUCGGGAGAUGGAAGAAAGCCGGUUCUGGAGUCUCAUAAGAGCUCGACUCCUACCCUCCAACAACUCGGUAAGCCCAUUGCCUGUGCGCUGUUCUGCAUUGCCGUUAGUUUCUCCCCAAUUCGGAGAAUUCAGGCGCCAGCGAUUGCUGCUCCUGUCGCCACGGAGUUGAAUUUGAAUGAAGCGGUGGAGGAGUUUUCAUCUGCUUCGAAGGGGCAUGAGUAUACGAACCGCACGAAGAGGUUGCUGGAGACGGUUUCGGGGGUGUUGAGAUGCAUAGAGGGGAUUAAGAAGGGAGAUGAGAGUGUAGUGGGGUUGGAUGCUGCCAUGAAGGCAGUGAAGGCGAAGAAGGCAGAGCUGCAGGACGAGAUAUUGGGAGAUCUCUACGAGGAACUGAGGGUAUUGAAGAGAGAGGAGGGUUUGGUUAAGAGGUCGGAGAAAAAUAUCAUUGAUGAGGCACUGAGACUGAAACGGGGGUACGAGAAGAUGGUGGCGAAAGGGGAGACGGAGAAAGCUGAGAGGGUGGCGGAGAAGUUAGGGAAAUUGGAGGAGGAGUAUAAUGGAAUCUGGGACCAUCUUGCGGAAAUCGAAGAUAAGAUAUCGAGGAAAGAGACGGUUGCAUUGAGCAUUGGGGUUAGAGAGAUUGUUUUCAUUGAAAGGGAGUGUGAGGCAUUGGUAGAGAGGUUCAAGGUGGAGUUGCGGCGCAAGAGUACCAUUGACAGUGCACCGGCGCGCUCAAUUACCAGGCUUUCUAAAGAUGAUAUUCAGAAAGAUUUGGAGAGUGCUCAAAGGAAGUACAUGGAACAAAUGCUUUUGCCUAAAGUUAUGGAAAUUGAAGCAUUUGGACCUCUCUUUGAUCAGGAGUUAGUGGAUUUUGCUCAUCAAAUUAGGCAAGGCCUUAAGGACUCCAGGGAGCUUCAGAGAGACCUGGAGGCUCGAAUAAGAAAAAAUAUGAAGAAGUUUGGCAAUGAAAAGCGCUUUGUUGUAAAUGUGCCAUCUGACGAGGUUGUAAAGGGUUUUCCUGAUAUUGAGCUGAAGUGGAUGUUUGGAGACAAGGAGGUUGUGGUUCCUAAAGCCAUAAGCCUCCACUUGUAUCAAGGGUGGAAAAGAUGGCGAGAGGAAGUUAAGGCAGAUCUCAAGAAAAAUUUAUUAGAAGAUGUUGAUUUUGGGAAACAAUAUGUUGCUCAAAGACAGGAACAAAUACUUUUAGAUCGGGAUAGAGUGGUGUCAAAAACCUGGUACAAUGAAGAGAAACACCGAUGGGAAAUUGACCCAAUAGCUGUGCCUUAUGCUGUAUCCAAGAAGCUCGUCGAUAAUGCACGAAUUAGGCACGAUUGGGGUGCCAUGUACCUCACUCUUAAGGAAGAUACCAAGGAGUAUUAUGUCGAUAUCAAGGAAUUUGAAAUGCUAUUUGAAGAUUUUGGAGGUUUUGAUGGUCUCUACAUGAAGAUGCUCGCUUGCGGCAUCCCUACUGCUGUUCAACUUAUGUGGAUUCCUCUCUCAGAAUUGAAUUUUCAGCAACAGUUUCUAUUGGCAAUGAGGUUGUCGCGCCAAUGCUUGAUUGGAUUGUGGAAGACGAAAGUUGUAUUGUAUGCUAGAGAUUGGAUUGUUGAAAAAGUUAAAGAUAUAAAUGAUGACAUAAUGAUGGUGAUUAUUUUCCCUAUGGUGGAGUUUCUAAUCCCUUAUCCGGUCCGGAUGCGGUUGGGAAUGGCAUGGCCAGAGGAAAUAGAUCAAACUGUUGGCUCAACAUGGUACUUAAAAUGGCAGUCUGAGGCAGAAAUGAGUUUUAGAUCCAGGAAAACAGAUGACAUUCGAUGGUUUUUCUGGUUUAUCAUUAGAAGUGCUGUAUACGGAUUUGUGUUGUUUCAUAUUUUCCACUUUUUGAGGAGAAAAGUUCCAAGACUUCUUGGAUAUGGACCUUUACGAAGAAACCCAAAUCUGCGGAAGUUGCGGCGAGUGAAAGCAUACUUAAACUAUAAAGUAAGAAAAAUUAAAAGGAAGAAGAAGGCUGGAAUAGAUCCCAUUAGAACUGCUUUUGAUGGAAUGAAGAGGGUGAAAAAUCCACCUAUACCUUUGAAGGACUUUGCUAGUAUUGAUUCCAUGAGAGAGGAGAUCAAUGAAGUUGUGGCGUUUUUACAAAAUCCCCGUGCAUUUCAAGAAAUGGGUGCUCGUGCUCCUCGGGGUGUUCUUAUUGUAGGUGAGAGGGGUACAGGAAAGACAUCUCUGGCAUUUGCUAUAGCUGCUGAGGCAAGAGUACCCGUUGUUAAAGUUGAAGCACAGCAAUUGGAGCCUGGACUAUGGGUGGGCCAAAGUGCAUCAAAUGUUAGGGAGCUGUUUCAGACGGCUCGGGAUUUGGCACCUGUUAUUAUAUUUGUGGAGGAUUUUGACCUGUUUGCUGGUGUCCGUGGAAAGUUUAUUCACACUAAAAAGCAGGACCAUGAGGCUUUCAUCAAUCAACUUCUUGUAGAACUUGACGGAUUUGAGAAACAAGAUGGGGUUGUCUUGAUGGCUACUACUAGAAGCCUCAAACAAAUUGAUGAGGCCUUACAGCGGCCUGGGCGAAUGGAUAGAGUUUUUCACCUUCAGAGGCCAACUCAAACAGAGAGGGAAAAGAUACUGCACCUUGCUGCUAAAGAAACUAUGGACAAUGAUCUCAUUGAUUUUGUGGACUGGAGAAAGGUUGCAGAGAAGACAUCCUUGCUGCGGCCUAUUGAACUGAAACUUGUCCCUGCAGCACUGGAAGGUAGUGCUUUCAGGAGCAAAUUUGUGGAUGCAGAUGAACUUAUGAGCUACUGUAGUUGGUUUGCGACCUUGAGCCAUAUGGUUCCCAAGUGGAUUCAAAAGACCAGUAUUGCUAAGAAGGUCAGCCGAAUGCUUGUGGAUCACCUUGGGUUGACUUUGACUAAGGAGGAUCUGCAGAAUGUUGUCGAUCUAAUGGAACCAUAUGGUCAGAUAAGCAAUGGAAUGGAGCUUCUAAUUCCUCCACUUGACUGGACGACGGAGACAAAGUUCCCGCAUGCUGUUUGGGCUGCUGGUCGGGGCCUUAUUGCUCUACUAUUACCGAACUUUGAUGUAGUUGACAAUUUGUGGCUUGAGCCAUCUUCAUGGCAGGGAAUUGGAUGUACAAAGAUCACUAAGGCAAAGAGUGAAGGUUCUGUAAAUGCUAACUCAGAAUCAAGAUCUUACCUUGAGAAGAAACUUGUUUUUUGCUUCGGUUCAUAUAUUGCAGCUCAGCUCCUACUUCCUUUCGGGGAAGAGAAUUUUCUCUCUUCUUCGGAACUAAUGCAAGCACAAGAGAUAGCUACACGGAUGGUAAUUCAGUAUGGGUGGGCCCCUGAUGACAGUACUGCGAUUUACUAUCGUAGUGGAGCGACCACAGCACUGAGCAUGGGGGACAACCACGAAUAUGAGAUGGCUGCUAAAGUUGAAAAGAUGUAUGAUUUAGCUUACUGCAAGACAAAGGAGAUGCUACAGAAAAACCGUCGAGCUCUCGAAAAGAUUGUUGAGGAGCUGCUUGAAUAUGAGAUUUUGACUGGAAAGGAUUUGGAAAGAAUAUUAGAAGCAAAUGGCGGAAUUCGGGAGAAAGAGCCAUUUUCCCUCUUAAAAGUCUCUGACAGACAGCCGGUCUCAAGCAGCUUUCUCGAUAGCGGGAAUGGUUCGGGAACUGCUUUUUUAGGUGCACCCUCCUAGUGUUGAAGGUUAUCUAUAUAUCUGGCAAAUUACUGAAAUCUGAAGAUUCUUUUGCCGGCAGAGGUUGAAGCCAACUUUUCCUUCUGCGAGUUAAAUACCUGUUGAUUCUCGAAUUUUCAAUCUUUCUGUAUGAGGGAGAAAUCCGAGCAGAGCCAAUGCUACGUGAACUACACUGUACAGAGGAACGAUUUGAUUGAGAAGAGGGGUUUCCAAUUUUUCCUUCUCAGCCAUAAUAAUCUGUAUGGUCCGUAUUCUGCGCUUGUAUACAUCUCGAGCAAUUAUAUACAUCUCGAGCGUUCAUUUUGCUGUCUACUUGCAAGGCAGCUUACUUUACUUUCCUUGUCGCAUUUGUUUUAUCGCCUUUUUAAUAGUUCAUAUUACGUGAAACAUAUGGGAAUCGUGAGAAAAUAGUGAAUGAUAAAUUGCGAUUUAUUUUAGUGGUGA